AUGUCUAGAUAUACACAUACACCGAAAUCCUCCUUGGGAGGCAUAUCAGAAGAAGAGGAUGUAUUCUUCGAGGCAGAAUCAGAAACGCCCCCUCUCCCAACAUUACCAGUUAUGCCGCCUUCGAUAACACAGCCAAUUCUCCGUUCCUCCUCUACUUCAGAGUCAACUCGACAAAGGUCACCGCAACCUCGCAAACAUGUUCACAGCACGUCAAUUGACUCAUCGGGAAGUUCCAAGUUCGAAUCUAUCUACAUGACUCCGAGAGAGUCAGCUGCAAACCUUCCAUUUUAUCCAACAAAAACUGCAUUGUUGCAAGCUAGUCAAAGCGAACUUUCACUUGCCACCUCGGACGUAUCGUCCCAAAAACGAAUACCCUUCAGCACAACUUUAAUAGGUGAAACUUCCAAAUCUCCAAUCCCUCCCAUGCCUUCACUCAAUUCCAUUUCAACAAAGCGAAACCUUUCUUCAGCCCGUGACUUCACAUCACUAAAGGCUGCAGAAGAAGAACUCAAAUCCAUAACUGUUGGUUUUAAACAAGAGGACUGGCUAUCGUCAUCACUAGACUCAGAAGACAAACCCGAUCACCGCACUACCAUGCCUCCCCAUUCGGAAGAUGCAACUGUGAACAAAUCAUCAACUGACAAUAUAUUUCAGUCUGAUUCGGUUUUAUUUCCAUUGAUCACUACGCCAAGCGGCGGCGUUAUGCCUGACAGAGAAAGGAAGAGGAAAGACAAGAACGAGAACGAAGAGAAACAUGGCAAAGACAGAAAAUUAUUUUUGUCUCCUGAAAUUGAGGGUGAAAUCGAAAUAAAACCAAUAUCUUCGGGAAAGUCAUCGAGAAGGGUGUCCAAAGAUGAUGCACAUUCGCAUGGAUACGGAAACUCGAAAGUGAGUUCGAAAGUGAAUUCGAGAGUGAGUUCGCGAAGGCCAUCGGGGAAGUCGACUGAAGGCAGCUAUAUAGUUGUUCAAGUAUCGACAAGAGUCAAGGUGUUAUUGUUGAUUGGAUUGUCAAUCGUAUUCUUUUUCGCUACGCUAGAUCUAAAUCUAAUAGGGACAAUGGUACCAACCAUAAUAAAUGAAUUUACGGCGGGAAGAGACAUAGCAUUGAUAAUUACGGCAUACAAUCUUCCAAGCACUAUUCUUCAACCACUUUGCACCCCAAUUUAUAAAAUGUUCGGUAAGAAGCUAACUUACCUUGUAUCCAUAAUUUUGUUUUCUCUCGGCUCGUUUGGUUCCGGCUCAGCAAGAUCAAUAACAUGGUUAAUCUCCGCCCGAGUGUUGGCAGGCUUCGGUGGUGGUAUGAUAAUCCCAUUAACAUAUGUAAUCAUUCACGAUGCACUUCCUACUCAGCAACAUAAGAUGUUUAAUGGGGUAAUCAACGGAGUGUUUGCAGUAGGAGUAAUACUGGGCCCAAUAAUUGGUGGCUUACUAGCAGAAAAAUUUUCUUGGAGAUGGGCAUUUUAUUCGACGGGGACUUUUUCGCUCGUGGGAAUGUGUUUGUUGUCUUUUUCGAUAAAAGUCCCUUCUGUAGAGGGAAAUGUAUUGGGAAAGUUGAGAAGAAUAGAUUGGAUCGGGAUUUUCUUUUUGAUGUCCACUAUGAUCUUAUUCUGUGUUGGACUGUCAUCAGGAGAGACAUUUAGCGUAAAAGCGAUUGCAAUGCUGUCUGUAGCACUUGUAACCGCAAUUUGCUUCUGUGUUAUCGAAGCCAAGUUUUCACAAAAUCCUUUGCUUAGUGCUUCGCUCCUGAGAGAAUAUCCAUUGAGAGCCGUGUUCGGAUCGUUCUUCUUCUUGGGUUGGGUGCAAGUAGUGUUUAUGUAUUAUUCACCCGUAUUCUUUCAGUUUGUCGGGGGGAAAAGUGCAAUAGAGUCUGCCAUUGCAUUGCUACCGUUUGUUGGAGGUGUUGUUCUAGCGUGGAUGUUAUCUGGAUUAGUUGUAUUGAGAUAUGGGUGGGGUAGAAUGUUUAUUGUUUUUGGUGGAAUGCUGGUAAUUGUAGGGUCGGUGCUGGUGUUGACGUUUACAGACGGUGAGAUGUUAGUUAAGGAAAUAUUGAGUAUGCUUUUUGCAGGUAUUGGCAUCGGUGUACUGUCAAUGGUGCUUGCUGUUACCGGACAAGCAUCAUCAUCUCUACCUGAUCAGAUUCACUCUAGUAUAUCAGCAUUGAGUAAUUUCUUUAGAUGUACGGGGUUAGUGACGGGGAUGAUGGUAUCUGGAGCAGUGUUUAACAAUGAUAUACUGAAGAAAAUUCCCAAUCUGCCUACGGCCGAGGGAGCGCCGUUGUUCGAAGAUGUGAACGAUGUGUUAUCGUUUGAUUUCCUAAAGUCUGGGGAAGCUAAAGAAGAGAUCAUCGCAGUAAUAUUAGAUGCAGUAAAGAGAGUCUUCGGCGUGUCUGUCAUUAUGGCAGCAGUGAUUUUAUUAUUGUCGUUGUUUAUAAGAGAGAAUAGACCAAGGAGACCAUCAUUAAAGGCGUAA